GGACAGUUCUGGCACCACUUCCUUGAAUGAGCAUGGUGAAACUGAACGAUAGCAGCACCCUCCUCCCCGUGACCGAAAACCUACCAUCGUUACUGAAGCCACGGUAAAGCCACAAACCCGGGACGUAAUGGAAAACAAACCACGGAUUAACUCUGGUGGAGCAGACCCUGAAUCUACAGAAGACUGCGCCAUUUGCUUGGACAAAAUUGAAGACAAGAAAUCGUUGAAGUGCUUCCACUCGUUCUGCUCUGAAUGUAUUGACUCACUUUUCAAGUUUAAGCCUGCUUGUCCAAUAUGCAACACCUACUACGGAGAGUACACGGGGACCCAGCCGGAGGGCACGAUGGCAGUGACCCGCAGCUGGCAGGGACUACCUGGCUUUGAACACUGUGGAACUAUUACCAUUCAGUACAACUUCCCGGCAGGGAUACAAGGGCCAGAGCAUCCAAACCCUGGUGUGAGGUACAGCAGAACCUCUCGUACAGCCUUCCUGCCAGCCUGUGAGGAAGGUGAAAAAGUCCUGAGGCUGCUGCAGAAAGCCUUCGACAGGAGGCUCACUUUCACUGUCGGACGAUCUGUCACCACAGGACUUAACAAUGUCAUCACCUGGAAUGACAUUCACCACAAGACCAACAUGGAAGGUGGUCCACAAUAUUUUGGAUAUCCAGACCCAUCAUAUUUAUCCAGGGUUCAAGAGGAGCUUCGUCUUAAAGGAGUGACAGAGGAUAACUGAUGGGUGACAAUCAUCCAUACACAUCUUUAAAAACUUUUAGUACUUCUAAAUGUUAUCAAAGGUUUUAUUUCUCUUUGCUGCCCCAACGUUGAAAUCCUUGUUACUAGCACUUUAAGAGUUUUGUUCUUUCUCUGUCGCCACAUUGGGUUAUUUUAUUGAGACUUGAAGGGGGCUUCUACCAAAGAUUGUUCAUCUGUAAACAGACCAUGUACAAAUGUAUUAUUAUAGUAAUAUUAAGUUGUUUAUUGUAUGUUCAUUUGUAAUAAAAAAAAACACCCCAUAGAUUACACUG